GAAGCGCUUUUGGGUGGCAAGUCUUUGCUUGUGUGUGUCUGUACGCGCCUGCAUGUGUAACGGGGGCAUUUUGGUGUAUCUAUGUAUGCCGUUGAUUCUUUGUCCAAAGUUUUAUGUUAAUUUAUGUAGUGCUGUGAAAUCUUAAAGCUGUACUUUAACAGACAUUUCAAGUUCAUUAAAAUGUGGAAGUCUAGUUCUGCUGUAGUGAAGGUUUUUGAGAACCAAGAAGAACUCUGGCAGCUCAUUUUAAUGGGUCUAAUGAUGCUAUAAUGGGGCUGGAAGUGUUUUAUCUUAAUAUCUAGUGGCUGUAAAACUGUUCAUAUUAACUUUAUUUCAUUUGGCAUUUAUGUGUAUAUCAGAUGUGUAAUAAUGAAGAUAGUGGAGUAACGGGUUAUUUUACACACAUCUGACUUGAGAUCCUGGUAAUCCUGUUAUCCUGGUAACCGAACAAACCAUAACAAAGCUGCACUGAUCUUGACCUUGCUAUUAUCUAUGAUUAUGGACAAAAAAAUGAACUGAGGUGUCUUAGACGCUAAGCAUUAAGAGGGUUGAUUUAGGCUGUGUAAAAGAGCGCCGAUUUGUGGGAUGAUUUAGUGUGUGCAAAGAAAGAACGGACAGAAAGUAGCAAAGAGAUACAGCUGUAAAUAAUAAAAAUCAGGCAGUUUGCCAAUCAGAUCAUCUUUGUCCAGAAAACCAUCUAAACUUGUAAAUCAAUGUUAUUUAUCUUUUCUUGUGACACAUGGAUGAGAAGGAUGAGUGGAGGCAGCUCAGAAAAUGACAUUUUGUUUUGCAUUUUUAUUAUGUUUUAAUUAAAUGAUUGAUACUAUGGCAUGAUAAUUUAACUUUUGCUUGUCCUUAUGUUCUCCUUUUUUUCAAUUAACUUUUUUAAUCAUUCCACAUAAACAAUGCUUGAGUGUAAUUUUCCUGUAUGUUUGACAAUUCAACUUUUAUAUUCAAAUUAAUUGUAUUGAUAAGUUGCCAUGCUGGAUAUGUGCAAACAUUUUAACAUUUCACUUUUUGUCUGAAUUUAAUAGUGCGGAACGCUUUCCACCUUCUCCACAGCCAUCAUAAAAUCAUUAAUAGUAUUUUUCUUUUUUCAAAAUGUGUUUUAGCGGAACAAAUUAUUCACUUUGAAUAAAUAAUAAACAUUUUUGGCGGGAAAAAAUAUCCCCUGAUGGAAACUAAAUGAAAUGCGUUAGCUGUUUAUAAUUAGGCAAUAGUAUGAAGAAAAGGAAAGCAGGGAAAAAUUGUAUUCCCCUUUCAAUUAUUCCUGACAUUAUUAUGAUGAUCAUUAUGUUGUGAUGAAUAGUACUUGGGUAAUAUCUGGUUGAUCUGCAUCACUGCACCUGAACUUCAACUAGUAAUUACAAACAGCUUUUAGAGAAAGCUAUGCGGAAAGUAAUGCAGUUGCUAGAAGCAACUUACCCUCCAGCUAAUUUCUGAUGUUGAAUCACUCUUCUUUUUUUUUUUAAAAAUGCAAUAUAUUUGUAUUGGAUAGUGAUUGGUAUUGAUCAACAAGUGUUAAACUUGUUUAACCCUGCCCUGAAAUAAAAGUAAAAUAGUUGUAUUAGUCUUUUACAUGAGUUUAACUUGUUGUAAUGUUUGGUAUUACUUAACUCUCACAUGUUGCACUGUUAAAUGUUUAUGUAAUACAUGAUCUGUUUAAAUCAAGUUUUUCAAGUUUGGGUUAAGUGUAUGUCUUUGAUGUAAUGCAUUUGUGUGUAACAUCGGGUACAGUCGCUUAUUGUAAUUUUAAGUAUCAACAGUGUCAGGGAUAAUGAGAAUAAAAAAGUGUCUUGGCAGCUCCCCAAGGCUUAAUGUUGCUGUGGCAUGUACGGAGUUCACUUAGCUUUUACAGCCAUGUUUUAAGGGCACAUUUAAUCAAAAUCUUCAGAAACCUUGCAAAACAACAUAUGUUUUUUCUGUCAAAGAUGAUGUGUCACUUCUUAAGAACACUUUUUAUGAGAAUGACAGGGGUAAAUCCAUGUUAAAUUCCCUUCUGCGCAAUCUGAAAUUCCCCUCUCUUUGUCCUGCAGCUGGGCCUGAGCAGUCUUUCCUUGCUUUCCCACCUGAGCUUGUUAAAACAUACAGGUUAAGGACCAGUCACCCUCUCCUUGCUUUCUCCAUCCCAGCCCGCUCUGUUCCGCACCCAGCCCCUCUUCUCCAGGCUCUCUAUCCCCUCAUGGGCACGAUAUCAGCCAGUGCAAGAGGACCACCGUCUCAACCCUAACAGCAGUCCUCACCAUGGAGAUGAAACAACCAAUGAUGAUGAAUCAAGAGGACGGGGGAAAGCAGGAGAAAGAACAGGAGUCGCAAGAGAAUGGCAGACUGGUUGCGGACAGCGUUGCGGAGAAGGGUCAGAAAUCCUGCUCCGGGCCUGGGCAGGUCUCCAACGGUUAUCCCAGCACAUCCCCACAAAGUCCCAGGGAAGGUGCGGGCGCUGGGAUGGACAGGGGCAGCACCCCUGGAACACUCAGGACUCUGGUGGUCCAGCAGACCAGCCUGGAUCCACCUAGGGAGACCUGGAGCAAAAAAAUGGACUUCCUGCUGUCGGUAAUCGGAUAUGCAGUGGACCUGGGCAACGUGUGGCGCUUUCCCUACAUCUGCUACCAAAACGGAGGGGGUGCCUUUCUCCUGCCGUACCUGCUGAUGGCUGUGUUUGGUGGCGUGCCUCUGUUCUACAUGGAACUGGCUUUGGGCCAGUUUCACCGCAGUGGGUGUAUCUCCAUCUGGAAACACAUUUGCCCCAUCUUCAAGGGUAUAGGCUUUGCCAUCUGCAUCAUUGCACUCUACAUUGCCUUCUACUACAAUACCAUAAUGGCCUGGGCUCUCUAUUACCUCCUGUCCUCCUUUCGCCCCACACUGCCCUGGACCACCUGCAACAACCGGUGGAACACUCCCAACUGCACCCGCUACCUGUCCACCGACUUGAAUGUAUCCUGGACCGAAAACUCCAUCUCUCCCGCUGAGGAGUUCUAUAUACGGCAGGUGUUGCAGGUUCAUCUGUCCCCUGGUCUUCAUCAGCUGGGCUGGGUGAGCUGGCAGCUAGCCCUCUGUCUGUUGUUCAUCUUCACUGUUGUCUACUUCAGCAUCUGGAAGGGGGUCAAGACAUCCGGCAAGGUAGUGUGGGUGACGGCUACUUUUCCAUACCUGGUGUUGCUGAUCCUGUUGAUAAGAGGGGCCACCCUGCCGGGAGCAUGGAGAGGAGUGAUCUUCUACCUGAAACCUGAUUGGAGCAAACUUCUAACAACUUCAGUUUGGCUUGAUGCAGCUGCACAGAUCUUCUUCUCUCUGGGUCCAGGCUUUGGUGUUCUCCUGGCCUUUGCCAGCUACAAUCCCUUUCAUAACAACUGCUACAAAGAUGCAUUGAUCACAAGCUCAGUGAACUGUCUGACCAGUUUCCUGUCAGGCUUUGUGAUCUUCACAGUGUUAGGCUACAUGGCAGAGAUGCGCCACCAAGGCGUGGAGACUGUAGCUAAGGAUGCUGGUCCCAGUCUGCUCUUCAUCAUCUACGCUGAGGCUAUUGCCAAUAUGCCAGCUGCUACGUUCUUCGCCAUCAUAUUCUUCCUCAUGAUAAUUAUGCUGGGGCUGGAUAGCACGUUUGCAGGUCUGGAAGGUGUAAUUACAGCCAUGUUGGACGAGUUCCCCCACCUGUUGGCCAAAAGAAGAGAAUGGUUUGUGCUCGGCCUGGUGUGUGUCUGUUAUUUGGGCGCCCUCUCCACUCUCACCUACGGUGGUGCGUUUGUUGUUAAACUAUUUGAGGAGUAUGCCACGGGCCCUGCUGUUAUCACCGUAGUCUUCCUCGAAGUCAUUGCUGUUUCCUGGUUCUAUGGGACGACACGCUUCUGCAACGACGUGCAGCUGAUGCUUGGCUUUGCCCCUGGUAUUUUCUGGAGGGUCUGCUGGGUAGCCAUCUGUCCCUGCUUCCUAUUGUUCAUUAUUGGGAGUUUCCUGGCAUUCCCGCCUGAGGUGAGGCUGUUUGACUACCUGUACCCUUUCUGGACCACAGUGCUCGGCUACUGCAUUGGGGUAUCUUCCUUCAUCUGUGUGCCUUCCUACAUGGUCUACUAUCUGGUCACCACCAAAGGAACCUUCAAACAGCGUCUGUUAAAAAGCAUUACCCCUGAGGCUUCGGGGUCCAGCGGCCCUCAGAGAGACACAAUUGUCAUCACCAAUGCCGUGUGACACAUUUCGUCCUCUGCUGGACAUGUAGCACAAACGCGAAGGACCCGUGGCUCCUGUAAGGGCCCCGGCCGACCUCCCUUCACACCUCACCCCAGAGGAGUCUGCUACCUGUAUUGUGUGAUGGUGGGGCCAGGCCUCCGAAUACAGCCAAUGUUUAUUUGUAUUCUUGCCGUCCAUAUGUUACCGCUGUCAUCGCUCAUAUGAGUUCCUGACCGCCGUGGAAAGUUCUUGAGAUUGUGUUUUUGUCCUUCCAUUGUUCAUAUAUAUAUAUAUAUAUAUGUAUAUAUGUAUGUGUGUGCGUGUGUGUGUGUGUGGCUCAUGACUAUAUGUACAUUACCAUUCAAAAGUUUGGCUUCAGUAAGAUUUUUUUUUUUUUUAAAGAAAUUACUACUUUUAUUCAGCAAGGAUGCAUUAAACUAAUCAAAGGUGACAGUAAAGACUUUUACAUUUUGCACUUUCUAUUCAUCAAAGAAUCCUGGGGAAAAAAAAUCUUAUCACGGUUUCCACAAAAAUAUUAAGCAGCACAACUGUUUUCAACAUUGAUAAUAAAAAAAUGUUUCUUAAACAUCAGUCAGCAUAUUAUAAUAAUUUCUGAAGGAUCUUGUGACACUGAAGACUGGAGUAAUGAUGCUGAUGAUUCAUCUUUCCUGUCAAAUAAAUAAAAUACAUUUUAAAAUAUAUUAAAAUAGAAAACACUUAUUUUAAAUUGUAAAAAUAUUACACAAUAUUUGUUUUUAAUGUAUUUUUGAUCAAAUAAAUGCGGCUUGGUGAGCAUAACAGACUUCUUUCAAAAAACAUUUAAAAAAUCGUACCAACCCCAAACUUUUGAACGGUGGUGUAUAUCUGUUCAGUGAAGUUUGGGAUAGGAACAAGAAUGGACGCACAAAUGGUUCAGUUUACUUUAUGAAGAUAUAUCAUAUAUAUAUAUAUAUAUAGUUUUUCUACAAUAAUUUGUUCUUUAAAUAGUACCUAAAUACAUAAAGAUUGUUAUAUUAUGGUUUCGUGACCAAUUUCAGGUAUAUUUUACACACAUUUAUAUAAAGCCAAAAAUUUUGUUUCUUUAUUGUUAUAACCGGAAUUUGUACAGUAAGUAUGACUUCAGUGAAUCUGUUUGUGGUUUAGGGACUGAAUCCAUCAUUAAUUAUGGAUAUAUCGUCUUUUUUUCUUACGUUUUAAAAAAAAUUAUGUGUUAAAUAAUUGUUUUAUUUUACAUUUCAGAUGUGGAAAGGGUAAAUGUGGGAAUGUAACACAGAUAGAGAGAAAUAUUUUUAUGAGAGAAGCAAGAGCCCAAAUCAUUUUUAUUUAGGUUGUUCAGAUGUGUUUUGUUUUUUUGUUUUGCACAGGUGUGUUUGAGUGAAUAUGUGUGUGUGUGUGUGUGUGUGUGUGUGUGUGUGUGUGUGUGUGUGUGUGUGUGUGUGUGUGUGUGUGUGUGUGUGUGUGUCUUUGUCCACCAAUCCCGUAUAUGUAACAGUUAUUAAGUGUUUAGCCUACUUUUGGUGGAUAUGUACCAAUUGUUAGGCAUGUGUAUUUAUUUGUGGUGGAUUUCAUUCACAUAAUGCUUAUUUUGUUUAUUUACAACUGGAACUCUUUGUCUGCCUAUACCAGUUUCCAUGUACAUGUAGCAUUUACAAGGAGGGGACCAAUUAUUCAGACCAAGUGUAUAAGUCUGAAGACUUGUUUAUUGAAAAACCCAUAUUGAUCAACCACUAGCAUGCUCCUUAAUACCAACAGGAGGCUCUGAGCAUUUAUUUUUUUUUUACAUAUUUCUUUAUGAGUUACACAUAGUAGCAGAUACCAAAAACUAAUGUGCUUGUUUCAAAUGCUUCAGCCUUGAUUCUCAAGACUUUUUUUUUUCUUUUUCAUGAGUGACUGAACAUCUAAGUAUGUGCAUGCGUAUUUUGUGAGUCUUGCUGUUUGUGCGGUCCGACGUUCUGUGCUGACUCGUUGAUUUCGUAGAGUGGGAAAAUGUGAGGAUCUCGAUUUCUCUGUCGAACUGACAUGUGUGAGCUGUGCAUUGAGGUAGAGAAGUAAUAAGCCAUGGUCAGUUCCGUCAGUGUGUGUACAUGCCGUAGACAUGAGUCUAUAUUGUGCAUCUGUGGGCGUGAGUGUGUGUGUGUGUGUGUGUGUGUGUGUGUGUGUGUGUGUGUGUGUGUGUGCUUCAGUCCAGUGCUGACUUUUCCUCUUCUUUCUCAACAGAAUUUAAUAUUCUGUCUAUCAAAAUAUUGAAAAUCUAUUGUACUAUGAUCUAUGUAUGUCUCCAAGACUGUUACGAGAAAAUAUGUAUAGGACAAAGACAUAUAUGAAUUAUUAGAGAUAUAAAAUAAAAGUAUAUGUAUUAAUAA